AUGACUGGCAACGCGACAAAGCCGGUGCAGCGACUCGAACAAGUCGCGAACCAUUUCAACGCCUCGCCGUCGACUUCAUCUCGAAAGCCUGUCCACGCCCACCGCUUCCGCCCUGCGAUCCCGAAAGGCCUGCCAGUAAAUUACACGCCCCUCAAUCCGGUCUCCUUCCUCCUCAAAGCGGCCAGCAUCCGCCCUCGCCAUCCCGCUAUCGUUUACGGCGAGAAGGCGUGGUCUUUCGAGUCGUGGGCAGAGCGCGUCGCCAAGCUCGCAUAUGCGUUCAAGGCGAGAGGGCUGGAGGAGGGAGACAGGGUCGUCGUCCUCGCACCGAACGUCCCCUUCAUGUCGGACGCCCUCCAGGCUCUUCCCGCCGCCAAACUCGUCAUGGUCACCGUCAACACUCGCCUGAACCCCUCCGAAGUCGCCUACAUCCUCGAAGACAGCGGCGCGAAAUUCGUCCUCGUCGAUUACUCGCUCGCGCACCUUUUGCCGAAGGACUUGAAAGCGCAAGUCGUUAUUUGCCAGGACUCGUACGACGCGAGCGACCCGUACGAGCAGUUCUUGGAGGAGGGUGCAGCGUACGACAGGAAGCUGGGCGGGAAAGAGUGGGCGGGACUCGAGGUUGUGAAGGAUGAAGAGGCGCUGUUCGCGAUUUCGUACACGUCGGGCACGACCUCCAAGCCGAAGGGCGUCAUGACGACCUUCCGCGGCACUUACCUCGCAGGCAUCGCGAAUGCGGUCGAGGCGCGCCUAACCGACUCGUCUCGCUUCCUCUGGACCCUGCCGAUGUUCCAUUGCGUCGGCUGGUGCUUCCCUUUCGCGUGCACCAUGGCCAUGUGCACACAAUUCUGCCUCCGCACCACCACGCUCAACUACGACGACAUCUGGACGCUCCUACAGUCCGGCGUGACGCACUACAACGCUGCUCCGACAGUGCAAAUCGCCCUCGUCAGCCACGAGAAAGCUCAGCCGCUGCCACACGACGUAAGAACCAUCAUCGCUGGAGCGGCGCCAACAGCGAAACUGAUCGAGCAGCUGGAGAAGCUGAACAUCGCGGUCGUGCACGUGUACGGUUUAACCGAAACGGAGGGUCCCUCUACGCGCACUUACUACGUCGAGAAGUCUUCUCCAACCUACUACCGAGACAUGGCGCGCCAGGGAUUCUCCUUCCUCACGGCCGACGACAUACGCGUCGUCCGCCUCACACCCGAAGGAUCCUCGCCGCCGCUCGACCCGGAGACAGGCGACUUGCAGGAGGUCAGCCCGAAUGGCGAAGAGGUUGGUGAGAUUGUCUUUAGGGGCAACAUCCUGAUGCAGGGAUACUGGAGGAAGGAGGAGGCAACCCGCGAAGCCUUCGCAGGAGGAUGGUUCCACACGGGCGACCUCGCUGUGCGCUAUCCCGACGGGACCGGCGUCCUGACUUUGCUUCUUCCCCUCCUAGCACAUCUCGUCAUUUCCGGCGGCGAGAACAUCAGCAGUCUCGCAGUCGAGAACGAGCUAGCAGCUCACGACGACGUGCACGAGUGCGCUGUCGUCGCACGUCCGCAUGAGAAGUGGGGCGAACGACCGCACGCCUUUGUCGUCCUCAAGCCCGGCUCGAAGUGGCACGGAAAGCACGCCGAGUUCGAGACGGAGCUCAAGACGUUCGGGCGGAAGAAGCUGAGCGCGUUUGCGGUGCCGGAGUGGAUCGAGGUCGUCGCGCCGGAGGAGCUGCCCAAAACCUCGACGGGCAAGAUCCAGAAGGUCGCGCUGCGGGAACGGGUGAGGAAGCUGUCGCAAUAA